CAGGGACCCAUCGUCAGUUCCGCCCCUGCGCGGAUUGGACCCGGCGGGGACCCGUCGCCCCGGUCUUUUCUGGGAAGGAGAGACCAUGGCGGCGGAGCCGAGCAAGGCGGAGAUUCAGACUCUGUUCAAGCGGCUGCGGGCGGCGCCGGCCAAUAAGGCCUGCUUUGACUGUGGUGCUAAGAAUCCAAGCUGGGCCAGUAUUUCCUAUGGCGUAUUUCUGUGCAUUGACUGCUCUGGAGUCCACAGGUCGCUGGGUGUGCACCUAAGCUUUAUCAGGUCUACAGAGCUGGAUUCAAACUGGAGCUGGUUCCAGCUAAGGUGUAUGCAAGUGGGCAGCAAUGCCAAUGCGACUGCCUUCUUCCGCCAACAUGGCUGCACCACCACAGAUGCCAAUGCCAAGUAUAAUAGCAGAGCUGCCCAGAUGUACAGGGAGAAGAUCCGGCAGCUGGCGAGUGCUGCCAUGGCCAAGUAUGGCACCAGUCUCCUGGUAGAUGGACUGAGUGGAACCCCAGGCCAUUCCCCUGAGAAGAACGAUGCUGACUUCUUCAUGGAGCACACGCAGCUUUCCAGUACCUGGGAUGUGGCAGAGGCCGGUCAGAAUCCAACGUUGUCCUCAAUGGAGUCUGAGAGAGCAGCAAAGCCAUUGGAAACCAGCGAGAUGCCACAGUCCAACCAAGGCCCAUCUAUUGACCUGUUGAGUACAUCUCCUAAAGCUCCUCUGGAACUAAAAUCUUCCCUCAUCGGAAAGAAGAAGCCAGGCACUGCCAAGAAAGGGCUGGGUGGAAAAAAGGGGCUUGGAGCCCAGAAAGUGAGCAGCCAGAGCUUCAGUGAGAUAGAGCGACAAGCCCAGGUGGCUGAGAAGCUGAGGGAGCAGCAGUCGGUGGAGUCGAGGAAACAAGCUGAGGAGUCCAUAGUCACUUCAAUGCGACUGGCCUAUCAGGAGUUGCAGAUCGAUCGGAAGAAGGAGGAAAAGAAACUUCAGAACCUGGAAGGGAAGAAACGCGAACAAGCUGAGAGACUGGGCAUGGGAUUGGUGUCCAGAAGUUCUGUGUCUCACUCCGUGCUGUCCGAGAUGCAAGUGAUUGAGCAGGAGACACCAGUGGCUGCGAAAUCUUCUCGCUCCCAGCUGGACUUGUUUGAAGAUGCCGGAGGCUUCACAUCUGGACCCCCCAAGUACAAAGAUAAUCCCUUCUCACUGGGAGAUGCCUUCGGCUCGCGAUGGGAAACAGAUUCCUCCUGGGGUGUUGACAAAGGGGAGGAGGAGGCCACAGUGACCAUCUCCAGCAUCCGGCCCAUUGGAGAGAGACCCACCAAUAGGAGGGAAGUAGAGAGCAGGACAUCUGCAGUGGAAUCAAAUGAAGCUCGGCAGAAGUUCGCUGGGGCCAAAGCCAUCUCCUCAGAUAUGUUCUUUGGGCGGGAAGCAGAUGCUGAGUAUGAAGCCAGGUCUCGAUUGCAGCAGCUCUCUGGCAGCAGUGCCAUCAGCUCCGCAGACCUCUUUGGGGAGGCUGAGAACACACACUCAGCAGGUGGUGUGUCAAUUGGGAACGUGCUGCCUGCAGCUGACAUCACCCAGUUCAAGCAAGGAGUAAAAUCUGUUGCUGGCAAGAUGGCCGUCCUAGCCAACGGUGUGAUGAACUCUCUCCAGGAUCGGUAUGGCUCAUAUUGAUGACCCAGGGACUGCAGCUCAGACGAAUGCCAGCGAGAGGCACCAGUCUCACCUUGAGUUGCUUGGAGUUAUGCUGCAGGAUUCUGUUUUAGUUUGUCUGGGGCGGGGUGGGUGAGGUCAACAGAAACAGAAGGGGAUGAGGAGAUGCCCAUGCCCAACAUCCUUUCCAAAUAGCUCUGGAGUCUCAUCUGUAUUAGAACCAAUAUGCCCUCAAACCGAACCUUCAGCCGCUAGGGUGGGAGGCCUUGUCUCAGAAACCCCACAUUGCUCUGGACUGUGAGACAGGAGGUGCAGGUAGCUCCAGCCUGCACUGGCCCAUAGCUUGUUGUCUCAGCAAGUGACUCUGUUUAGGGAGUUCCCACUUGCCCCCUGUCAUCAGGUCCACAAGGAAAUGACCCCCCCCUGUGUCUUGCUCAGUGCUGUCACCCCUUCUCCAUACACAGGCUAGUAUGGCUGGGGAGGGAAGCUCCAUUCAGACACCACAUGGCAGGAGCAGUGGGAAAUAGCAGUAAAUGUUGUUGUGAAAAUAACAUUGGGUUUUCCUAGGACCUGCAGGAAUCUGUUUUGGUAGCCUAGUAAGUGGGAGCAUCUCCCUUCUGUAGAUUAAGUCACACUUACUGAUGUUUCUGUAAAUCAGCAUAGACAGAAUAACCCCAGCAAAGCAAGAACUUAGUCUUGUUACAUCAUGAGGCCAAGCUUAGGCCUGGACUCCAGAGGGAGCUGAGCAUUGCAGAGGUAUCUGCAGGCUAGGUGUAGAAACCCAGGAUGUCUUGUUUCCCAGGCACACCUCUUACUCAGCUUCUUCCAGCUAAGCUGGGGCUGUGAUAGGGUUGCCAGUUUUGGUUGGACAUGUUCCUGGAGUGUUCAUCACAUGACAUUAUCUUUCAUUAAAGACUAAUCUUUAAUUUCUGGAGACUCCAGGACAAUAUUGGAGGGUUGGCAACCCUAGGCUGUGCUUGCUCUGCUUGAGGAACAGAUCAGAGCCUCUUGGGGGGUGAGGUGGCCUGGGGCACAGAGAGGAAUUGUAUAAUGUCUAGUGUCAAAGCACCUUGCCUUCUGAUGGCUCUCUGCUCCCGAUCAGGAAGUGUCAACCAUGUUAAUACUCACAGGUCUCCCCUAGAGGGGGCCCUUGAGGGCUGGGCUGAAGGCACUUAGCAAUGAAAAAAGGGCUCAACACUCUUACAAAUGAAAACUAAAAUUCUGUGUGGAAAUGGAGGCAGUAGCCAUUUGUUCUACUGCCCCAACUUCCACUCAGGGCAAUUCAGCCAGCAUAGCUCUACCCAGGGCCAAGUCCCCCAGGUGUGUUGGGCCUCCUAGACUGGUUUGCACGGACUUCUUAUGCUUGAAUUUCAUGCCCCAGCCCCCUCUUUGGUUCCACUUGUUCUGUGCACACAGAGAUGGAACAGCACAAGCUGCACCCUAUUCCUCCUAGCACAGUGGUUCUGGGCCUUUUCCUUUUUGAGUACUUUAACUGAGUAACCCUCUCUGUGGGUAGAAGAGGCAAAGGGCAAUCCCCUUUCCUUUCCCUCCCAACAAUGCUGCUUUGAUGCCCAAGUAGCAAGGGCGUGGCACCAGCCAGGAGCAUAGUGCAGAGUAUGCUGAACCUCUGUGUGCAGCACACCUACCUGGAGCUAAACUAGGUUGAGUUCCUUCAUGCUGUACUACUGAAGGGCAGGAUCUCUUCAUUUUGCCUAAUUCUCCCCUAAUUUUAACAUGGGAAUUAAAGUAUGGUCCAAUACAGGUCUGUUCCCCCCCCCAGUACUUGUUGGCAGAGGAAUAGCUAUGGAUGGUCCUCAUCUGUGUGGACUCCCCUGUGAGUCUGUCAACCUGUAAGGUGUAGUAGCACAGUGGCUACAGCUUGGACCUAAUUCCCCUGUAGGGGCAGUGACUGUUUCCCUCUCACAUUCUAAUGUGUGUUUGGUGCCUAGGUCCUACAGUGAUGGGGAGAUUUGCUGGAGAGGGGAAAGCCGGGGGAAAGCUCUAGCCAUCUGAUUUAAAGGCCCAGCAGGUCUUACCCACCCUCCUUUCUGUGGUUGUUCAUUGUACAGUGCAGACACCCAACUUUAACUUGUACAGCUGCAGGAUCUGAGGCUCUGCCUGCCUUGCCUUCCUGCAGUUCUCUCCUAUCCCCUGUGCACCUCCUCCAGAUCCUGCUCACUGGGCUCUGAAAUAUGCACUGAUGCUUAGAUUUUAACUAUUAAAAUUGUCUUGGAGCAAAGCAGCGGCAGCCUCUCCAGCUACUCCCUGUCUGAGGGAGAGGAUGGCAAAGGCUGGUGCUAUGGCCUGGUGCUCCUUCUGUUCUGAGAUGGGAAGGGAUUUCUCUUCUCUGGACUGUUCAUAUUAUUGAGGAGAUAAUGGUAUUAAUGAGCUGUUUGUGGCUGGGCUUGGGGCUCAACCGUAUAAGGGGGAGUGAAGUGGAACUCUUUCCUUCAACUAAAUAAAAUCAAAUACCUGUA